AUGACCACCUCACCAUACUCGUUGUCGUCACCAUUAACACAACCCCAGCCCGUGAUCGUGGUUGGCUCCGGACUGGCCGGGUUAUCAGCCGCGACGCAGCUCAUCUCACACCAAGUCCCUGUCAUAAUGCUCGACAGGGCCGAGAAACCCGGCGGGAAUAGCAUCAAAGCUUCGUCGGGGAUAAACGGCGCGCCGACGAGGUUCCAGCCGGGGGAUGCCGAUGACUCCCGGGAGCUUUUUCUCGCCGACACGGUCAAGUCGGCGGGAGAUGUCUUCGCGAAUUCUCCCGCCGAGGAGCAUAGACGGCGGGAAUCGCUUAUGGCCACCGUCACGGCUUCGUCUGCUGAGGCGGUGUACUGGCUCACGGAUGAGAAAGGCGUCGACUUGAGCACGGUUUCGGCCGCCUGGGAUUUCGAUCGUCAGUGCGCUUUUGGAUUCUUUGAAGGCGAGUUCGCUGUUUCAGCUGCGGUCGGGGGCGAGAGUUACGAAGGUGUUGCGCGAGGCGGAUGA